CGUCGCUUGAGAGUUCCAGGAGGUCUCGCGCAAGCCGUCGAUGCGAAAAGCGGUGACAAUGCUAUGCAAGGCGCGACAUUGACGGGGGCAAGGACGGGACGGUCACGAGAGACAUGGACAAUGCAUGGAUCCAACGCUACUCGAAUCGAGGCAUUUUAUGUAACUGUCGCCAAGGGUCUGCAAAUAUUUGAUGUUGUGAAGGCAAUCAUUCGAAAAACAACACCACAUGAGUGCCGUGGGCGAUGACGAGUACGAAAGCAGCGACGACGACGACGAAUUGUCCUCGUCGUCUGGGGAGGACGAAAGUAGUGACGAAAGUAGUAGCGGUACCAGCGAUGGCGACGACGACAAUGACAACCAAGCCAAGGAUCAAACCGACGACGACCUCGCCAAAGCCAAAGCAGUCGCGGACGAUGUGGCUGCCAUCAAGCGACUGGCAAACGACAUGCAAAAGAUUUACCUUCGUCUAAAGUACCGCCACGACGGGCCAAAGGAAAGCGCGGUCAUGACGGCUCCGUUGUCGCCAAAACCAGAAGAACAUGAGGAGCUUCCGUCGACGGAGCCGGUUUCAAAGCCCCUGCGUCCUCGUCCCCUUGAGAUUCCGACCGAACCCUCGACCAUCGGCUUCACCAAGACCGACGCCGCGACGGACUCGGACGACUUGCAUUUGCCACCAACUGUGCCGGCUAUUGCUUCUUUGGUCAAGUUACCAUUUGAAGACGUACUCUCAAAAAGCAUCGAGUCCAAGCACUCGAAUGUACUAGCCAAAGGGCAAAUCGACACCGAGUGCAAGCUGCAGAUGGAGCUAAAACACACCAUGCCGCUGCAUUUGCUGCAGUACAUGCUGGGUACACCUCAGGUCAAAACCGAAGAUGCCACGUCCAGAACCAUCAACGGCAAUGAUGAUGACAAUGAUACAUUGGAAUCCCCAUCACGUCGGCGACUCUCUCAGCGACCUAAUCCACCAAGGAGCAUGCCAUAUGGUAAAGAAGACUCUACGGUACAGCUACAACCGGCCCCCACGCUGCGAAGGCCAGCACAAGUUGAACCAACGGAUAGUACAGUGAAUCGACGUGUGCCACACCAACUGUCGUCGUCGGUGGCACCGCUGCCACCUUCAUGGACCAACGACAACUAUGGAGACGAAGCCGAGCUGCCGCCCGUAAUAACCACAGAGGUAGCCACGCCACCCAAAGUUCCUCCCGCCAAGAUAAGUAGUUUGAACCACCCAGAGGGCGAAGUUGUCCACGCAACGAACGACGAAGAACUAGAGUUCAACCAGCAAGGGGGAGAUGAAAGCUCCGUGCCAGUGGACGUCACCCCACCAGAAGACGUCGCACUGCCAGCUCAUGAGACGACAGACCCCUCAGCACACCCAGGUGAGGCAGCGAAUGACACUAUGGUAAUGAGUCAACCAUCCGAGGUCGCUAUCGUCAGUGACAAGCUCGCCUCCGUCGAUAACGAAAGUAUGGUCAAACAAAGCUCGGUACCUCCCGCAAUGGUCCCAUCAGCCCCGCCCCAAACCUCAGACAGCUCAUCUCUUACACGAGAGGAAGCAGCACAGCCAUUGGUUCAGCCAUCACCACAAUCAUCUGCUCCACACACCACCACGACUCCCAAUGCACAAGGCACCGUCGUGUCACCACUGACAAGACAGCCAACGGCCACAGCCAGUUCCCGACACCUGUCUAUGCCUGGGAGAUUACCGUCCCAGCGAAUGACCCCUCCAGGCAACACUGCACCUGUGGACGUUGUAUUGCCGCCGCCGACGAUGAUGGAGCGGCAACCGCCGGAUACAACGUCCGCUAGGGCAGGCCAAAUGAUGAGCCCCCAACCAGCCCCCCUUUCGACAAUGCAACAGUCUCUCGCAGAGCCACUUGAGGAUACGCCUCUGACUAGUCGCACUCCUAUCACACGACUCGACUCUGUCUCCGCUAUCAGUACACCCCCCUCCGGCACUUUGCCAGUGAACUCUACUGCGUCGCCCGCGAACCACGCUAUUCCUUCCCCUGCCUCCGUACCUUCGAUGUCCCCGGCCCCCAUAACAACAGCAAACGCCCCUUGGUUCAGUCCACCCACAAGCCCAGUGUUUAGCAGUCCACUGUCGUCGCCUCCAUACAAACCACGCCCCACCAUGGCAUUUUCAUCCGAUAUCCCUUCCCCAAUGGCUUCACGAGCAUACACGUUUGACACUUCCAUGCCAAAAGACCUCCGCGUGACGUCCCCUCCAAUGAGUCCGUCGCCAGACAAACCUGGGCUGAUGACUAGUACUCGAUCUUUCUACUCACAUCAACCGCCGCUCCCGUUUGGGGGGUCGACGUCUACUACGACAACCAUCGAGUAUGAAGUGAACGCGAUGCAUUACUUGCUAUUUGGACCCCCUCCUUAACCUUCAAUACCAAUCGAAGUAGUCUUCAACCAUCCAUCAUCCAUCGUGUACUAUUACGUACAAGAAGUAUUAAUACUGUAG